UAUUACCCCUCCAUACAAAGAAUGAUUGCAUAAAGUAUAACUUCGUUAACAUGAGGCAGCUGAGUUAAGUUUUUUCUAUAAGUUUGGUAGGAUAUUGAAAGAUUUUUUUGGUUCCUCUUGUCAUUCUUUCCAUCGUCGCAUCUCUGUCACUUAUCUUCGUCUUGACAUCUCCACAUUCACUCUACUGGGAAGUCAGUUGAUAGGCAAUAUCAAGAGGAGGCUUACCAUUUCUACAUACACAAGUUUGAUAUCAAUGGCAGCAGGAAACACAGAUAUGACAGAGCCAACCCUCCCCGAAACUUACAAUGCAUUCUUCUACGGCACUCUCAUGGCCCCCGAAGUUCUCUACCGCGUGAUCUACGGUGCCUCCAAUCAUCCUUCUACUUCUCUAACCAUCACUCCCGCCCUUCUCCAUGACUACUGUCGACACCGUGUUAGAUUCGCUGACUAUCCGGCCAUAAUCUCCGAACCAGGUCAUACUGUCCGUGGUACCUAUGUAACCGGUCUUACGCCCUCCAACAUGCGCAAUCUGGAUUACUUUGAAGGAUCUCAAUAUGAGCGAAAAGUAGUCACUGUAAAGAUCCUGACUCCAAAGGAUAAAGAACAUGUACACGGUGUCAAUGCAAUCAUGGCCGAAGCUGUUGAAACAGGAGAAGAGAAAGAAGCCCAAACAUAUGUCUUUACAGAUUUGGAUGCAUUGGAGAAAGGAGAAUGGGAUUUCGAAUUCUUCAGGAGAGAGAAAUUGAGAAAUUGGGCGGAUGAAAGUGAGGAGUAUGCCGAAGUUGAUGCGAAGGCUGCGAAAAGUAACGAGAGCGAAAUUGGGAUUCAUGAUUUCCUUGAUCAACCAGAUCCUACUGGCGGGCGGGGCAUCAAAACGGAUAUGGGAAAGGAGUUAAAGGAGUUGGCGGAUAAAAAGAGAGAGGAAGAAUGGAUUUUGGAGGAAAAGAAGAGAAUUGCAAGAGAGAGGUCGAAGUGCCAAUGUACUAUCGGAUAAAUGAGCAUUCUUGGUUGGUUUGGGAUUUGGGAAAAUGCACAAAAUUGAAUGUUGGUGCAUUGGGUGUCUAGCAUUUCGUUGUUGGUAGAAGAAUUGUGGUUGUGCAUAGAAGGUAGCUGGUCACCUUCCCUUUUUUUCAGCACUGAAAAUGGAGCACAGGAAGGAUAGAUUUAGAAUUUGCAGGCAAAUGAUACACAUUCAUUGCAUAAUCAAGCACUGGAAAAUACCAAUUUCUUAGUUAUAUCCUCCC